AUGUCCUUACUCCCACUCACUAUCAGCCGCCAUGAGUCAAUUAACGAUUCCUCUUUUUUAAACUCCAACAAAAUCUCAAGAGAGUUGAUGAUCGCAGAUCAGUUUGGCGGAAUGAGCAGCUUCGAGAUAGACCUCUUUGCUAUUGAAGAACAGGUUGAAAAGAAAAGUAGUAUUAAAGCCUACAUCUUAAGAUUCAUAUCAAUCAUAUUUUUCUCGGUUAGCAUUGUUCUAUCAAAGCUAGCCUAUGUUGGAAACCCAGCUAUUAGCGGAUUCGACUAUGGCUUUUUCAGAGGAGGAUUCCUAAUGUUUGCCGGGAUUAUUGAAGCGAUGUACUUUGGUGUAAAUGUGACAAAAAUCCCAAGAGAAAUAACUAUCUCAGUGAUAUUGAGAACUCUUACUGGAGCUGUAGGCAUGCCCUGCUUCUUCAUUGCAAUCAAAUACAUUCCGACAAGUCAAGGAGCAAUCAUCACAAGUUUGAAUCCUUUAAUUGGCACAAUAUUAUCUUUCUUCUUCCUUGCUGAGAGUUUCCCAAAGAGAAAUAUCAUAUUUUUGCUAUCUUCUUGAUUUGGGGUUAUCUUGAUUAACCUUACCAAACCAAGCAGCAACACUAUUUCUGACGAUGCAGACAUGUAUGUCGUAGGGUUCUUGCUAUGCCUAGUUUGUCUAGCUUUCCUUUCCACUGGUGUUGUAUGUAGCAAACACAUUAACCAGCAUGUUCACUCUGUGUACUCUCCGUUUUAUUUCUCUUUUGGGGUCUUCCUAAAUGCAAUUAUGACUUUAUUUUUCUGCAGAGAUCAGCUCCACUUUGCUGAAUAUGAAUUAAGAGAUGUUCUUCUGUUGAGCUCAGGAUGAGUUUUAAGUUAUUUGUCCGAGUCAUUACUAAGCUACGCUACAAAAUUCACAACAGCAGUAAACCUGCAGCCAAUCAGCUAUUUGAACCCGUGCAUUCUACUAAUUAUCGAUAUCGCACUGUUCCAUUACGACUUCGAUCAGCUUUAUUUCAUCGGAUUCGUUGUAAUAUUUGUAUCCGUGAUGACCCCAAUUUUAAUUGAUUGGUCUAAGUAAAAUAAGAAAAAGUUGUUAAUAAUAAUUAUUAAAAAA